AUGUACAUCCACCUUGGGUUGAAAGCAUUUUCGCUGCAGCAGCUCCAUGAGAUUCAGAUCGGGGUUACAAAUAACGAAAUUCAAAUGAACGUUGACGGUACUCGAGCCUAUAACAACUCGCGUACUCAAGUGUGGCCUAUACUCUCCCGGAUAAUUUCACCCAUUCUCGGUCAGCCCUUCGUCGUUGGAGUAUACUGUGGUAAGCAAAAACCCAAUGAUGCUCAUCAGCUGAUAUCUAACAUGGUCGCUGAGUUGACAGACGUCUUGGCGAACGGUGUCUCCGGGGUUUACAACACUCACGCCGUCCGUCUUCAGUGCAUUAUUCGUGAUAGUCCUGCUAGGGCCUUUCUGAAGCAAGUGAAGGGACAUACAGGAUAUUAUGGUUGGGAUUAUUAUACGCAAAAGGGUGUGCACAUUGACACACGUAUGACUUUUCCCUCGUUGAGAGCUCCUUUGCGUCGUGACUAUGAUAUCCGGACCAGAAAGCAAGAGAAGCACCAUAUAGGUCCGAGUCCGAUGGAGGAGUUAAAUUUUCCCACGAUUGACGGUUUCUCACCAGAUUACAUGCAUAAAACUUUUCUGGAUGCUCGGCAGGAAGCCCUCGAAUCAGGGCAUACCUCCUCUGCGGAGCAAAACGAUGAACGGCUCGUACGUCAGUCCAGGCGCGAACAGUAUGUUCAUCAAUCGUAUUACAUUGAUUGCAGUACAAAGAAACGGCUGCCGUCUGAUUUUACAAACGAGUCGGAUCGUGAUUCCAGUGGUGACACCACUUCGUUUGCAAACAUAGUCGUAAGCCCACCAACUCCAAAAAGACUAACUAACUUUCCAAAUUCCAAGGCCGGGGUAUUUUCCCCGGACCUGGCCAACCACAUUCUCAGGAAUUUAGAGGGGAUUUACUCGUCGCUCCAAAGACUGUACAUGAACCUGGACGCUUUGGUACCCACCAGCAGUUCUGAGGCACUCAACGAGCCCACUUUUCCGCUUUCAUCCACGGAUGAUCUCCGAAAGUAUGGAGAAAGUCUAAGAGAUGGUCCGCGCUAUGUACAGCUGACCUAUACCACCACCAGCAGCCUCACCGAUUUUGAUGAAGACAAUGAAGGAAUCAAUCUGGGUGCAACGCUCACAUCUACUCCCACGUCCAGCAGCUUCGCGAAAACUGAACUGAGACACUGGAAUUCAACUAAGCCUGGGACAUAUGAAGAGCGCUCUUUUUCCGACCAAGAAAGAACCGUUUCUGAAUGUGCCAGAAAACAUCGGUAUCGACAGCUAGCUGCUCGCGGUUGCUCUGCUGAACGUGUUCACGUACCUGUCUAUGUGCGUGGAGGACCGAAGUCGUCUGCGCGUCCUAACAGCCACUGUUCAUACGUUCCCGUCCGGACUUCAGGCCGAAAUGGAUGGUCCAAAAACCUGAGGAAUCGUAUCACCAAACCGCUUUCGGAACCGACUCAAUUUCAAGGCGAUGUUCAUCGAACAACAGGACAUGUGGUAUUACGUCCGCGUACCAAUAAUAGUCGAAUGUACCGAGGAUCAAGUUCGGACGAAGCUAGUCACCACCGUGGUCACGAACCCCGACAUCAGCUCCCAGAUGCGCAUCGGAUCAGUCAACUGGAAACUGAAUUGUCUCGAUUGCGAUCCCAGUUAGCCCGGCUGAUCGUAAUGCAGGAAGGCAAACAGCUACUGGCCGGCUCGAGCGAAGAAUAUGAACCUCGACUAGAGGGAGAUGGAGAAAGUGACAUUGAUCCUGUUGGAACAGGCGAUAAGCAGUUAUCACACCCUGCGGUUUUGGAUUCCGAAGAAAGCCGUGCUUCCACUCCAUAUCAUCCAGCUCCACCACCCACACCAGUUAUCAUCCCUCCUCCCCCUCCACUAUCCUUACUUCCUUCGCCACCUGCGCCUAAAGAGGAUUGGAGGGCACGUCUGGUUGAAAUCAGAAAACAAAAAUAUGGAUCUUCACCGGGUCUGAAAUCCGAACCUGCAGUGCCACAAAAGCCCUCUGAUAUGAAUCAAGUGCUUCGGGAAUUACAGUCCGGGUCGAUCAAGCUACGCUCUGUACCUCGCUCACCCGGUGGUACGCCCAUUCGGGCACAUCAGAUUGAAUCGAACAACGAAAUGGAUGCAUGCGCCAUCAUUGCGCGCGCAUUGAAGAAAAAGUUUUGUCGGGUACGUGCCGUACUGGAUCUUUCCGGAAGUGGUGGUGAAAAUACCGUUGGAAGCUCUCUUCAGGAAUCUACUCAUGAGCUCCGACGACUGUCACCUACCUGUACAGUUACAAAUUCUCCACCGAGCGAACCGUUAAAGCAGAAUCCGGGUCCGAAGCUUGGAUCUGUUUUACGUGAAACUUGUCGCUACAGUGGCUUCCUAGACUGGACGCAUCAUAGGCUCGUUGUUACAGUGGCAGUUGGAUCUGUUUUACGUGAAACUUGUCGCUACAGUGGCUUCCUAGACUGGACGCAUCAUAGGCUCGUUGUUGUCAGACACCGCAGUCCCUGCUGCACAGCUGGUGUCAGACAAGGAUGUCCACUCUCCCCAUUCUUGUUCAACUUCGUCAUCGAUGAAAUGAUGAGGCGAACAAUGGACGGUUUUCAAAACUCCGGUGUUCAAAUUGUUGUUGACGAGAGCCUUGUCGAUCUGGAGUACGCAGAUGACAUCGCCCUCAUCUUUGAAGACCAAAGCGAAGCACAAGUCCUGUUGAAUCGACUGAUCGCCAUCAUUCCGUCUUUUGGCACGCGCCUCGCACCUUCAAAGUGCAAAGUCAUGCUUCAGAACGUGCCGUCUGCGAACAUAUUCCUUACAAUUCAAGCAGAAUCACUGGCAAUUGCGGAAAAUUUUACAUACCUCGGUAGUUGUAUUAGCUCUGACUCAGGUGCGUGUGAUGAAUUCAGUGCAAGAAUCUCGAAGGCUCGAAUCACGUUUGCUAAUUUGCGUCACCUGUGGCGCCAAAAAGGCAUCUCACUGGAUCUUAAGGGUCGUGUGUACCAGGCUACAGUAAGGGUUGUGUUGUUGUAUGGGUGCGAGACAUGGUCUCUGCGGGUAGAUGAUGUGAGGCGUCUUCAGGUUUUCGACAACUGA